UUUGGCUCACCCCUGUCGAGGUGGCCAGCGAUGGGCGGCUGAGGCAAGACGUUCUUCCCCUGCUGCAGACUACACACAACCAGCAACCCUUCUGUCUGUCAGAAAUCCUGUCUACCGGUGUUUGUGCCAGUCGUGUUCGUCUCGACAUAAAUACUACACCCCAGCUCCUUCCCCGGGCUCCCACCCCGAGCAAACGGAGCAUCUGGAACUGCAGCUGCUCCCCAUCCACCUGCACCGCAGCAAUUGCUCACGGCCAGAAGGUGCCGCUCCCUCGCUGGGCGGCGGCGGGAGGAGCUGCCCGGCCCCAUCCCCGCUCUGCCGGGCACUGCGGCAGCGGGCAGUGUCCCGGAGCUGUCCCUGGCACAGACGCACGCACGGCACUGAGCGCAGAGCGGCUCAGCUGGGGACACCCGGACGGGAGCGGCCUUGGUGCCUGGGUGGCUGCUGCCCCGGCGCCAGGGGACAGGAGCUCUCCGAGUGCAGCGAUCCCUCGGGGGGCCCUCGCUCGCCUCCCAGCCUCUUGGCCGGCGCUUCUCAUCGCGCUGCGCUAUCGCCGCCUCAGCAGCCCCUGCUGCUGCAGCCACGGCCUCAGCCACUGCUCCGCCCUUGCCAGCUGCAGCAGCUCCCCGAGCAGAGGCCAAAGCCCUCCUGGCCCGUUUCCCUCGGUGCCACAGGCCGGGCAGCUGCCGGCCGUCGGGCGCCUGCUGCUGCAGGGGCCCCGUCUCAGCUGCCCGCACCUGAGUGACAACGAGCUGGGAGCCCACGGCGUCCUGCAGCGCUGCCGGCAGCUCCGGCAUCCCGCCUGCCCGCUGCGGAGCCUGGGGCUGAGCACGGACGCCUUCAGCCAGGCCCUGCGGCAGCAACUGGACGCCGUGCGGGCACUGCAGCCCGCCCUGAAGAUCGGCAACCUCCUGGAGCAUGACGUGCCGCAGGCAGGGGCCAUGGCCCGGCUGCCCUGCCAGCGCGGGCUCCUGCCGGGGGCAGGAAGGCGCUGCCCUCCCUCAGAACACCUCCCCUCCUUUAGGAACAGCCCUUUCAAGAAGGAGAGCCAUUCCCAGACGGGGUCUCCGUGCUGCCUUCUGCUCUGA